AUGCACGGCUCACGCCGCGUUGGGACUUUACAGCCGGGGGAUUACGAUCACGAGAUUACAAUUCUGGACGAUGAGGACGGAAGCGGGUCGCAGCGAGCUGUAAGCUCUGAAGGCAGAGAGCUCGCCGCCACAGAUACAAUUUCACGCGUACAAUCUGAACAGGAGGCAGAGACAGAAGACGAGGAACGGCCAUCGCAUAGCGGCGAGAGACAAGGCCAAGACGAAGGGCAUCUGCAACCAAGCAGUGCGCUGAAAGGGAAAAAUGCUGAGGCUCAUAUUUAUCAGCUCGCUACUGCAGAGACGACCAACUCCUUGCGUCCUUCGGUUUCUGGCGAGGGGCGCUCAAUCGACAUUCGAGUAGGUCCAAGUCUCGACACCGUUUCGGAACGCACUUCACGAUGGGAUACCCGUUCACGGCCAAGAUCAAGAGACAAGCGGGAGACAGCCAUAGAUAUUCUAUAUGAGAAUGAAAGAGGAGGAUUCUUUUGCGGCGUUGGAUUGUUUUCUAGCGCAGCUCUCGGCGGGCUUGAUCCCACACCUUGGACCAAUGCUUACCACAACCCAUCUCCUACCGAUAUUCAUACUGCGCAAGUUCCCGAUCCAUCGUGGGAGUGGGUAUGGCCUGAAUGGCGGAUUAAUGAGCAAGAUGGCUUAGAUGAGGGUGGCUGGGAAUAUUCCUUUGCCUUUCAGAAGGCAUUCUCGUGGCACGGGCCAAGGUGGUGGAACUCGUUUGUUAGACGACGUGCGUGGAUUCGGAAGAGGGCAAGAAAGCGACCUGAAGAAGCAGCUAUCGGCUCAAAUCCCCUUAACAAUCUCGACUAUUUCCAUACUCACUCGCCGUCCGUUCUCAGCCCGCAAGUCAGCCGAGUCGGAAGCAGAGAUCCAAGCAGGGCUCGAAGCCGAACUCCAAGCCGAUAUAGUAUGACGCAGGCAUCGUCUGCUGAGCCGGAGCAAGAUCGACCGGAUAUCGAAGAUAUACAUAUGCUUCUUCAUGUUCUCCGCUCGGCCAGAAUUGACCGAGAGAGGCGGGAAGCUAUCGAGAAUUAUAUCGAACAUGCAACAGAUCUGUCAGAACUACAGCAUGAGAUGCAUGAAAUCAUGUCUCUGUUCAUAUUCCAGCAAUCGCGCAGACAGCUGCUUUCAUACUUACUGCAUAAACAUGAAGAGGCAGCAAAAGCAUGGGAGGAAGACCAAAGCCUGAAAUUGAAGCUUCGCAAAGAGGCCCUUGACGCCGCCGUAAAGCAUGCUGAAGAAGAGGUUUGCAAACUGGUUUACUGGAGCGAUAUGAAGCAGAUGGCUGAGAGCGGAGAAUUGCGAGACGCUGUUGACACUUGUGAGGGAUUGGGCGACGAUCCAUGGCAAGGCUUAGACAAGAGCGCUCCUGAGCCCCCUAGGAAUGGCAAGAUGCCAAAACCCUAA